CACACACACACGCGCUGGAGGGAACCCCAUCAGCUGUGGAAAGAAACACAGCUCGAAAUUACUUUUACGUUUUUCUUCCUCUCUUUCCUUGUCGGGUUGAAUUCUAGAGCGUGGUAUUAGGAUUUCGGGACACUUUAGAAGUGCUGCGACGUUAACGAGAGAGAAAGAGAGAGGGGGGAGAAAAAAAAGAUCAGAGGACACGGAGUGGGACGGGGAAGAAAACGGCGAAUACGAACUACCGAAGGUGGCUUUGAAAGCAUGGACUAUGUCAGGAUGCCGACAGAGAAGAUAACAUCCCUGCAACACUUCAAGCGGACGGAGAAGGAUGUGAUCGGUGGGCUGUGCAGCUUGGCGAACAUCCCGCUCAGCCCGGAGACGGCCCAGGACCAGGAGAGGCGGAUCCGCCGGGAAAUCGCCAACAGCAACGAGCGGCGGCGCAUGCAGAGCAUCAACGCCGGCUUCCAGUCGCUCAAGACACUCCUGCCGCACACAGAUGGCGAGAAACUCAGCAAGGCGGCCAUCCUCCAACAGACGGCGGACUACAUAUUCACCCUGGAGCAGGAGAAAACCCAGCUCCUGACCCAGAACAACCAGCUCAAACGCUUCAUCCAGGAGUUCAGCGGCUCAUCGCCCAAGAGGAGGCGAGCCGAGGAGAAGGACGAGGGGAUCGGGUCUCCGGACACGCUGGAGGAGGAGAAGGUGGAGGAGCUGAGGAGGGAGAUGAUCGAGCUGCGGCAGCAGCUGGACAAGGAGCGCUCGGCCCGCAUGCAGCUGGAGGAGCAGGUGGUCUCAGCUGUCCGGUCCCUGGACGGCCAGCUGCACCCAGAGCGCCUGAAGGUGAUCACCCAGCAGGUGGAGGAGGAGCAGGCCCUCCUCCAGAGCCAGACGCUGCUGCGGCUACACCAGAUCCACGCAGCCGCCGCCACCGACAGGCAAACACACAGCCCUCAGGUGCUGGCUCAGCCCGCUCCACCCGCGCCGACCCACCACCCCACGGUCAUCGUCCCGGCUCCAACACUAAACCAGCACCACCACGUCACCGUGGUGACCAUGAGCCCGUCUGUCCACACCAGCACCGUGUCCACCUCCAGACAGAACCUGGACACCAUCGUGCAGGCCAUCCAGCACAUCGAGCGCACUCAGGAGAGAAGAGCGAGCGCCGAGGACGAGCAGAGGAGAGCCGUCAUCGUCAGCCCCGCCCACGUCGCCAUGGACACCGCCUGCUCGGACACGGACACGGACACAGAGGGCGAAGACUGUUUGAUGAACUGACCCGCCCCCCCACCACCACCGUGGACUCGUGCCACACCCCCCACCCCCCGACACACGCACACGAAAUUUUUUCAACACCCCACUCACUGUAAGAUUCCCUCCAGGAGCUUGACUACUCGUCGUAAAUCUGUCUUUGGCAUUACCCAAACUCCUAAAUCCAGUGGUUUAAGCUCUGCGUCAAGUCUUGUACUGUAAUUUUGUUUUUGUUUUGUUUUUUCCGAAUAUUAGAAGAGGUGGGGCGGGUCAGAGGGGGAGGGGUACCUGUAGGAUCUCUAACCUCUGCAGCGCCUUGAAAAGUCAAACGGUCUUCUUGUAGGGGGGUAAAAAAAAAAAAGAAAGGGUAAAACGGCUCUCUGGCCCUUAAAUUAGUCGUUUACGUGUGGUCUCCGUACAGCGCUGCCGUCAUCACACCACAUCUUCUCUGUCGCUCUGGCAGUGUAGCUACAAUCAAAAGGUUUAUCAGAAGGUUGAAGGGAGCGGCGCGCUGAGCGAGGAGAUCCUUAUCCAGAUGCAAAACGAGGAGUUGCUGAUAUUUGUUUUUAUUCUAUUUCCGGUGUCUGUAAAAUCUUAAGCUAUUCUCAAUUUCAAAAUUUGAACAUGCAAAACAAAUUUACUUGAAAAAGAAAGCUGUUUUUUUUUUUUUUAACUCUAAAUAAGCCCUUAGAAAUAAGCUGGAUUCCUUUUCUGGUCUUUCAGUUUGGAUGUUUGUUUGUUUUUUUUUGUGUCAGGGUCACCAAAUGCUGAAGGGUUAGUAUUUUUUGAUAUAAUUUAAAACUAACAACUUGGUGUACUUUUUUUUUUUUACUGGUUAGAGCUUUUUUUUGUCCUCCAUAAGGAAGGGGAGGGGGUGGUGCACCAUUACGUUUUUAACUUGAUGUUGGCUUGCUCUUUGAAACUAUUCAGGUGCAGCAUUUUUGUAAAUAUAUGAUCAAUCCAAGACGGUUUGACUGAAUCCGACGCUUUCUUUUGACUCUCCAAAUGUUUUCCAUUGAAGUUCUGAAUCAGAUGGGCAUAAAUCAUGUUUCCAGCAUUUUCCCCCUAAAAGGCCUGAAUCCAUCGUCUGGUCUUGGUGACUAUGCACUAGAGAUGUUGGGAUUUAUGCAACGCCAUCUUUUUGUACUUUUUUUUUUUUUUUUUUUUUUUGUGCCAUGGUUUAUACAUGAGGUGAAGUUCUCUAUGCACCGUGUAUGAAACUUGAUAUGUUGAAAUGGAAGAAUGUAGUACUUAACGAGGUGCUUGGAGCUGAGGCCGGAAGCGCUCGCAGUCGGUCGGCCUUUAAUUUCCUGCGCGUUCAGUUUGUCUGAUAUCAUUUUGAGCUCCGCCGUAGAGGAGUUAGAUUUCUGGUGUUUCUCCGCUCGCUAAAAUAUCUCCCAACUUCAGAGAAUUUCAACAAUUAAGAGCCCAACCAGGAGAUAGACUCUCGUGGUUUAAUAGCCUCCAGCGGAAAUGCAACAGUGUCACAGUUUUUGCACAAAUUCCUUCGAUUUAAACAACAGCAACACUUACUCCCAGUGGCGAUUUCUGCGACAUUUGACUCUUUGCGGUUUUGUUUUGUGAGCCAAAACGAAUCCAGCCAGCUUUGUGUGUCGUUUAAGCGAGGGAAGCGUGUAGCAGCCCACUUUAGGCCAGCUGUCCGGCAGUGCGCAGCAGCAGCAGCUGGUGCUGGUGUUGGCUGCGGUAGACUCUGUCCUCCAUACAGCCAGAGGAAGCAUAUGUUCAUAAAGACGACAGCUUUAGUGUCCCUGAAAUGAGAAAAGCAGAAUUUACAGCCAGAGAUAUUCUGUGCGAGUCAAACGUCGUCACAGACCGGUUUGAGAUUCCACCGCUUCACAGUAUCUGAGCAAAAAUCCGAGUUUGCUUUCAUCUCUGAAACGAUGGCGACUAAAAUGAUCUCAUUAUAGUCGUGAUCUAUAAGUGUCCAGUGUUUGAAGGCAGGGAGUUUGGACUAAUAUGGAGAUUUGUCUGUAGUGUAAGCAUGAGGCAAGUCAGGCUUAUUUCAACCAGCUGGCUAGCGAUGCGCAGCAACAGGUGGGGAACGAGGGAGGGCGCUUCCUUAAUCUAAGCCUCGGACAGAUGUGAAAAAAAAAUGUUCCCUCCUGGUUGUUUCUCUGGCGUCUCAUGAAAACGGCGUUCAGCCGUAGGGACAGAAUGAUGGAAGUCGUCGUUGCCAUAUUUGAACCUAACGUUUCUUUAGAUCUUGCACCUGCGUUUAAGUCUUUUUUUUUUUUUCCCCUCAGGAGCGACAAAGAUCUGUGCUCAACAGAUUUGAGGGAAAGCAAGUUAACGUUCGGCACUUAUGGCGUUUUUAACCGUGACUUAAAAACGCCACAAAAUCAACAUUCGCAAAGAGAAAAAAAAAAAAA